CUAGAGAAACUGGGAUGGAUGGAUUAGCUCCCAUUCUUUUCAAUGAGCCUCAAGAAAUGUCUAUACUGUACCAACAACCAACUGGUAAAAGAAUCCCAUCACAAAAAAGUCGACUUUCAUAAUGUUUGCCUAAUUAAUCAUCCAGCAUAGAAACAAAUUAAAGUCCCAACUACUUCACCAUCAGUUGAAAAUCAACCAUGAGUGUCUCCGGAAGCUUCAACAUACUAAGCCCAGUGGCGUCAUCCACAAGGACAGUGUUGGCGCAGCAAAACCACUCAGAUGGUGUGCAAAAACUCAAGUGUCUCAAUGUUCUUCCCCGGUGUAGCUACAGGACGGGUUACGAGAAUCUCAGCCAUCUUGUCAAGAGAGCAAACAAUUGGCUGCGACACCACAAGCAAUGGGAGGUGCGGACGUGCGAGAGUCUUCCGCUGCAGACGAAAGCCGGCCGGAACAAAAUUGCCGGGCCCGUGACCUUGACCCAGCUGAGCCGAAUGCGACGCUCCGCCCCCGACACGUGCUUGGCCAACCACGUGACUUUCCUCCGGCUCUGGGUCAUCAAGUGCGACAGGCCUCGGGUCCACAGCCACAAGAUCGUCGUCCACACCGUCUUGCCGAAGCCCAUCCUCGGAGGUGCCGACGGUCGGCUGGAGUUCACAGACUUGGAAACCCUGCUGACGGACGUCAACUCCACCCUGGAACACACGUGGCCGUCCAAUUUCGAAAUCCUCACGGUGGAGACGUUGCAGACGACGUUCGACCGACGGCCGGACGACUCUUCCGAGGCCACUCUGCUCACCAUGGGCCUCCGCAUCUUCGUCGGCUUCCUCCUCGGCAGCCACGAAGACGAGGAAGAAGCGGGAGGAGGAGAAGACGGCAGCGGAAACAACGGCCACGAGAUGUCGCACGUCAUCUGCGAGGCCAUCGGACUGGCCGACUUUGCGCCUCGGAAACGACCCGACGGCACUUUCGAAACGUUCAGCGAUCUGGUGCUGCGGGCGUCGAGAAAGUGUUCGUCUAGGUGAACAAACAAAAAUAUACAUAAUUAUAUAAUUAAGGACAUUCAACAUUUUUUCGGAUCAUUGUUAUUUUUAAAAAAAUCGUGUAGAAGACGAGCCAUGAUGAUGUUGAUGAGAAAUGAAGUGAAAGUGAACGAAGUGGG